AUGCUACCGACUCCAGCUAGAGUUGGCCCUAUUUUUGUGGGCGAUAUCCCUCCUGUCGAGGUGGGGGUCAGAGGAUCAUGUGUGGCUAGUGGUAAAGUCGUCUCCCGACGUCGGUCUUCUGCUGUCGAUUCCGCCCUUGAGGAGGAUGUUAGUGGCAGUUCUAUUGGCCAGCGUUUGCGUCGGAAACGCAACAUUGAUCCUCUAUUUGCCAAGUCGUCUGUUGUUAUUGAAAUUAUUGAUAAUGAUGACCCGCAAGCGAUGGAGACGGCAGGUUUGCAUUGGACGGGGAACCAGACGUUGUGGGCACUUACUCUGUCCCGCCCUCUGUUCCCGGCGAUGCCCUGUCGAUGGCGAGUCCUUCGUCUUUGCGUGCUACUGAAGGGAGUGGUUCGUGUGGUGGAUCGUAUUUUCGAGAGUAGCGAGUUCGCGCUUGGGAUUCAUCGCGUGAAGGCUGCGUGUGUGGCUGCUGGUAUAGAGAAGGGAAAGAAGAUGGCACAAGCAUGGCCGGCUGGCAAUAUCCCUGGCUCGUCUGAUCCGGACGCUGUGGUACAAUCUGUUAAUGCAAUGCCUGUUGUCAUCAGGGCUUUUUUCAAGACAGACUUUGCAUCCUAUUUCCGUUUGGGCGAGCUCCGCCUUGCUAAUCUUCGCCAACUAUGUUCUAAAAAGGAAGAACACACGCCAGACGAUGGCGCUGCCUCGGCUCAACCUCGCCAAGUUUAA